ACUGAUCAGUCCCAGAGAGCGAACAACACUACAAUUAGAGGAAUCAUAUCCACUUGACUCAAUUUCCAUAAGAACAUAGCAUUUUAGUAGUUUGAAUUGAUAACCUUACAACAACGGAUUGCACCAUGAGCGCCAAAGCGGUGAACGACUUUAUGGAGGUGACAGGAACAUCAAGGACUACAGCAAAUAAAUACUUGAAAAAGCAUGCCUACAACCUCAAUUUUGCUGUGGAAGAGUAUCUUGGCAAGCAGUAUAACACAAACUUGUACAAGUUGUUUGAAAAGUAUCAAGAAACUCCGGACAAGAUUGGUAUCGAUGGUACUUUGUGUUACCUCGAGGACUUGGGCAUCGAGCCAGAGGAUGUUAGAUCAUUGGUAUUGAGUCACUUUCUAGAAAGCGAAAGCAUGGGAGCCUUUUCCAAAGAGAACUUUCUUCAAAAGUGGACUGAAAAGAAUAUUUCAACUAUACUGCAAAUGAAGACAUAUUUAAAUGAGUUAACCAAAAAUAUGGCUACACCUUCAGAAUUUGAUGAGCUAUAUGGAUUCACCUUCAAUUUUCUACUCGAGACUCCAACGCAAAGAUCUUUGAGUCCAGACCUUCUCAUCGACUAUUGGAAGUUGUUGUUCGACUUGGUUCCUUUAGAUGAAGACGUUUUGCACAGAAUUGACCAGUGGUAUGACUUUAUUUUGAAGCAGGAAAAACCUUCCAACAAAGACGCAUACUUAAUGUUCUGGGAGUUUGUGAAAGAAGUUGUGAAACCGGAUCCUGGCUCUUUGAGUGGUUACGAUGAGAUGGCAUCCUGGCCAGUGGUAAUUGAUGAGUUCAUAGAGUACCUACAAGAAAACAACUUGCUUGAGUCCACUGAGAGUUAAGCACCCAUCUGCAUGAAUAUCUAGAAAUAUAAAAAAUGGUACACAGU